CUGCUCGAUGCCUCCCAUCCCGAUCGCAUCAAAAACGCCGUCCGAACGAAUCCAGCGGCGCACUACUCCUCGCCCACUUUGUCUCUAGUCGCCCCACCCGAUCCCGGAUCCCCAAUUCCCCCGGCGCGAUGGCGGCCAGCCUGUGGCGCGCGGUGAUGGGCUCCUCCUCCUCCGGCGGCGACGACCCGGCGCUGGGCGGCGUGGAGUUCUGGCACGGGGCGGAGCGCGCCGGGUGGCUGACCAAGCAGGGCGAGUACAUCAAGACGUGGCGGCGGCGCUGGUUCGUGCUCAAGCAGGGCCGCCUCUUCUGGUUCAAGGACCCCGCCGUCACGCGCGCGUCCGUGCCCCGCGGCGUCAUCCCCGUCUCCUCCUGCCUCACCGUCAAGGGCGCCGAGGACGUGCUCAACCGCCAGUUCGCCUUCGAGCUCUCCACCCCGACCGAGACCAUGUACUUCAUCGCCGACGCCGAGAAGGAGAAGGAGGAGUGGAUCAACUCCAUCGGCCGAUCCAUCGUCCAGCACUCGCGCUCCGUCACCGACGGCGAGGUCGUUGACUACGACAGCCGCCCACAACCCUCGCCAAAGUCCAAGAGUGAGCCGUCAGAGUAAGAUUUAUUGCGGUGAACUCUCGAUAUGACUCUCUUCUAUUGUAUCAACUUAAGAAGUGGUUGUGAAUCUGUGUGAUUUUAGUUACUAUUAUUUGUUGAUCGUAUGUAUAUUAUUGACUGCUGCUGUAUGGGAAUAACUGGUUUUAAGUGUACAGUUCACUGCCACUUUUGAUUUGUUGCGCGUAUCAUAAUUUUGCAAAUUGCGUCUCCCCUAUUGCCAGAGUAAGAUUGCGGUGAACUCUCCAUAUGCUAUGCCUCUCAAUUGUAUCAACUUAAGUGGGUGUGAAUUUGUGAUUCUAGUUUUUCUAUUUGUUGAUCGUAUGUAUAUUAUUGACUGCUUGCUGUAUGGGAAUAACUGGUUUUAAGUGUACAGUUCAUUGCCACUCUUGAUUUAUUGUGCGUAUCAUAAAUCGCAAAUUGCGUC